ACCGCACCCCACCCCACCCCAUUGAUGAGGUGAUAACCGCACCCAACCGCAGCCGAUCGUAGCGCAGGUGGCGACCGCAGGGGGGUAUGUGGUCAGAUGGCGGGCCGCCGGUUGAAAUGUGUGGACGGACAUUAGGGCGCAGAUCGCAGGGCGCAGAUCGCAGAUCGCAGGGCGCAGAUCGCAGGGCGCAGUGGCAGAUUUCGAUGAUGACUCAUCGCCCAACUUCAACUAGUGUUGGAGGGUGGGUGAUGUAGAUUGCUGACCGCAGGCUAUAGUUUGGUUUGAGUGUGAGAGUUUAUGAUUAAUGUUGAAUGUUGUGUGACCACCACACUGGAGUGUGAUGAAAUAAUUGUGGUCAGUGUAGUUCUAUUUUUUCCCAGGAAGAACAAGAGUAAAAAAUUAUAUUUGUUUUCGUAUAAAAAGGGCAAACGGUUUCAUAUUGUAAUCAUUAUAUUAAAAAUCAUUUAUUUAAUCAAAUUCAAAAUUAUUGUUAUAAAAAUGAGAGAAUUUGUAUGUAAUAUUUGUGAGAAAACUUACGAACAUAAUCAAUCUUUGAAUCGUCAUUUGCGUUUACAACAUUCAAUUGAGUGUGUGAAAUGUAAUCAGAAUUUUAGUACUUAUCCAGAGCUUUUAAAGCAUAUGAAGUCAAUGGACCACAAUGAAAAAAAAGAGGAAAAAACGGUAUACUGUGAAAAUUGCAAUUUAGCUAUUCCAAAAAAUCAGUGGAAGAAUCAUAUCAGCACUAACACACACAUCGAUAAGUGUGUAAAAUGGUUAGAUAAGGAUGUGUCUUGCUUUGGAUCUAGCUUUCAAAAUCGAAUAGAAAGUUAUAAAAUAAAAAAUAGUGAGAUCAAUAACUUGAUACCCGAAAACUUUUUCAAAUCAAUUCAAGAAAAAGUAAUCAAUAUAAUUCAAAAGGCGUUGCAAAAGCAUGAAUCUAUUAAAUAUAAUUGUACACUACAUUGUAAUUAUAUUUUGAUGAAAGAGAAAGCGGAAGAUGAAAUUAGUUUAUUUACACAUCACACAAAAAUGUUGGUACUAUCUCCCUCAAGUACACUGGAAGAAAUUUUAAAUCAUUAUAUUGAAAAUUGUAAUGAAAUAAUUAAAAAAAUGAGUGAAUUCCAAGAACGAGAUAGUGGAUGGACUUUAAUCGAAAUAAAACAUCUAGAGAUCAACAUCAACAAAUAUACAUGUUUGAGAGGAUCUCAAUACAUAAAUCUUCCUCCCAAAAUAAGGAAUAAAAAGGCUUGCAUCAAUGUGCAAAACAAUGAUGUCUAUUGUUUUAAAUGGGCAAUAAUAUCAGCAUUAAAUCCACUUCCAAAGGAAAAGAAACCACAUAAAUGUAGCAACUACAAAGUAACGGACAUUAAGGCACACAUUAUAACAUUGGAAAAUAAUAUAAUAUUAAAUUUUGAAAACAUGGAAUUUCCCCUUACCAUAAAUAAAAUCAGAGUCUUUGAGUUGCAGAAUCCUGAUAUAAAAGCUGAGAAAUCAACUCACAUCAAUCUUCUCCUAAUAGAAGAGGAUGAUAAAUUUCAUUACAUCUGGAUAAAAAAUAUAUCAAGAUUGUUGCGAAGUUCUAUAACAAAGAAUAAAAAUAGGAUUCAUUUUUGUAACACCUGCUUAACUCAUGUUUCUUCAAGUAGUAGACUAGAGAAACACAAACGUGAGUGUAAAAAGAUGGUGACAACAAUGCCAUCAGAUAAAGAUAAAAUACUUAAAUUUAAGAAUUUUAAACAUAAAUUAGAUAUUCCAUUCUCAAUUUUGGGGACACUAUAA